AUGGCAUUAUUCAUGUAGAGAUCCAAACAAAGAAAAUAUGAAAAAGAGAGAUCUGGUCUUUGCCUUUAGCUACUAGCUAGCUCUUUCCUCUCUUCUCCAUUGCAUCAAAAUCAAUUGAGUUUGAGAAAUUUUUAUCAUAAUGUCGAUGCAUGCAAAAACAGAUUCGGAAGUAACGAGCCUGACGGCUUCAUCGCCAACGAGAUCACCGCGGAGGCCUUACUACGUGCAGAGUCCUUCCCGUGACUCGCAUGACGGUGAGAAGACGACUAACUCGUUCCACUCCACCCCGGUGCUCAGCCCUAUGGGAUCACCGGGUCAUCACUCGCGAGACUCUUCCUCGACCAGGUUCUCUGGCUCGAGGAAAGUGAGUGGACGUCAUCAUCAGCAUCAGAGGAAAGGGGAUAAGGAUUUUGGUGCCAUCGAGGAAGAAGGCUUUCUAGAUGACGGGGAGAAUCGGAGUAAAGGCUUCCCCAGACGCUGCUACUUCCCGGCCUUUGUUGUUGGUUUCUUUGUUCUCUUCACUUUCUUUGCUCUUAUCUUGUAUGCCGCCAGUAAACCUCAGAAGCCCGUUGUCACAAUGAAGAGUAUAUCAUAUGAUGAGUUUAAGAUCCAAGCAGGAACGGGGAGUUCAGGGGUAGCAACUGAUAUGGUGACAAUGAACACAACAGUGAAGUUCACCUUCCGCAAUACAGGAACAUUUUUCGGGGUUCAUGUGACAUCAUCAUCCAUCGAUAUCUCUUACAAUGAUCUAACCCUGGCCACCGGAGCUAUAAAGAAAUUUUAUCAAUCAAGAAAAAGCCAGAGAAGCAUAGCAGUGACGCUAAAAGGCGGCUACGUGCCCCUGUACGGAGCAAGUGUAGAUUGGAGCAGCAAAGAUGGGAAAUUGACAGCACCAGUGCCACUGACUCUCAACUUCAACGUACGAGCCAGGGCCUAUGUUCUGGGGAAAUUGGUGAAACCCAGGUUCUACAAGGCCAUCCAGUGCAAAAUAAUUUUGGACCCAAAGAAGAUGAACAAGCCUCUUUCGUUGAAGAAUUCGUGUACCAAUAAGUGACUUUGACAAAUAAUAAUUGAAAUAAAGUGACAGAUUAUAUGUUAUUAUACAGUUGGUGUCAUCUUUUGAUGUUACAUUUUUAUUUUCGUAUCAGUGUAAUUUAAAGUCAUUUGUUGAUUUUUUGUAA